CAUCAAACCCCAUCCUAAAUAGAAAAAUGGUCGUAAGAUGAUGGUGUAUCCACACAUAUUAGAACACUUUUGUUUUAGUCAAAUCCACCUUUAUGAUUGCGUGCUGACUGUAAUGAUAUUCUUUCAACUUCAAAUGGGGGUUCCUGUAAAUUCCUUUACCUCCUUCCCCGGCCAUGGAAUUUAGGUAGGGUGCUCAUAAGAAAACAAGAAGCUUUUUCUUCAUUUUUCUCUCAAUGACUACCGAGCUCUCAAGGUUUAAAGUUUAAACUUUACUGGGUUUCUGUUCUUUUCGAGGAUUGAAUAGUUGAUCAAACAGACCUAUCAAGGUUUCAACUUUACGAGGUUUCUUUGUUUUUCGAGGAUUGAAUAUUUGAACCAUUGAAGCCGUUGAAGACAAGUUCAGAGAAGCUGAUGCCUUUGCAAAAUGAAUCUUCAUCUCCAACCAACAAUCUUUGUGCUCGUUUUUUCAACUUUCGUGGUCACUUUAAUCGGAGCUCACAACUGCAGUAACUCCUGUGGAACUGGAACAUCUGCUAGGUCCGUACAAUACCCAUUUGGGUUCUCUUCGGGUUGCCCGAUCCGAUUGAACUGUAGCUCCGACACUGGCGCAGUCCAAAUUGGAGAGUUUUUUGUCCACAAUAUUACCCCCAACGGCAUCCUAGUCGAUCUCCCGCCGAAAUGCGACCGACCCAUCAACUCAAUCGAGCCGCUUUUUGGUCUCAAUUAUGCUAUGGCAUGGCAGAACAGUCUGCUUUUCCAAAAUUGUACUGAUUCGCUUAAUGGGUGUGUUAUUCCGACGAGUAUGGUCACUCGCCGAUUCAACUCUCAGAGCUGCGAUCCUAAUCAAAGCAACAACAUAAGCUGCGUCGCUCAGGAUAAUAAGGGAAUUGAUGUCUUGAGUUACGAGAACGUGAACAGGACUCCGUGCGCUGUCUUGUUCUCUUCCAUUUCCGUUGACUCGGAUGACUCGGGAUACUCGCUCCAGUUUCAGAGGAUUGAGUUGGGAUGGUGGCUUAGUGGGUCUUGUGUUGCUGCUAAUGAUUGUGAUCGAAAUGCCAAUUGCACGAGCAUUCAGCUCUCCAAUGGUAACGGUUACAGAUGCCGGUGUAAACCAGGGUUUGAAGGUGAUGGUUUCGCCGCCGGCGAUGGUUGCCGGAAAGUUGCAGAUUGCAAUCCUUCGAAGUAUAUGGCCGGCCGAUGUGGAGGAACUACUAGAGUCCCUGCUCUUGUGGCAGGGUUUGUAGCUGGAGCUGUGUUGAUGGCUCUUCUGGGCACUGCAUGUUUUUUUAUCCGCCGUCGAUCCACUUUGAAAGAUCGACUAAGUGCAAAACGUCUUAUAUGUGAAGCUGCUGGAAAUUCUAGUGUUCCAUUUUAUCCAUACAAGGAAAUUGAGAGAGCCACCAAUUUCUUCUCGGAGAAACAAAGGCUUGGGACUGGCGCAUACGGUACAGUUUAUGCAGGAAAACUCCAUGAUGAGUGGGUUGCCAUCAAGAUGUUCAGACAUAGAGAUACGGAUAGCAUUGAUCAAGUCAUGAAUGAAAUUAAGCUCCUCUCCUCUGUGAGCCACCGGAAUCUAGUCCGUCUCUUAGGUUGCUGCGUAGAGGAAGGCGAGCCAAUACUUAUCUAUGAAUUCAUGCCUAAUGGGACUCUUUCUCAGCAUCUUCAAAGAGAGAGGGGCAAAGGGCUUCCAUGGACGAUACGCCUCAUCAUUGCUGCUGAAACUGCUAAUGCUAUUGCCUAUCUCCACUCUGCUGUAAACCCGCCAAUUUACCACCGCGAUAUCAAAUCGAGCAAUAUACUCUUGGAUUACAAUUACAACUCUAAGGUAGCGGAUUUCGGUCUUUCUAGACUUGGUAUGAUUGAAUCAUCCCACAUCUCAACAGCCCCACAAGGGACUCCAGGCUAUCUUGAUCCUGAAUAUCAUCAAUAUUUCCAUCUAUCUGAUAAAAGCGAUGUCUACAGUUUCGGGGUAGUUCUUGUAGAGAUCAUAACUGCAUUGAAAGUUGUUGAUUUCUCUCGUCCUCACAGUGAGGUGAAUUUGGCUGCACUUGCUGUUGAUAGGAUUGGGAGAGGUUGUGUGGAUGAAAUCAUAGAUCCACACCUUGAACCACAUAGGGAUGCUUGGACUCUCUCGUCUAUUCAUAACGUUGCGGAACUGGCAUUUAGAUGUCUUUCAUAUCAUAGAGACAUGAGGCCAACUAUGAUGGAAGUGGCAGAAGAGCUCGAACGUUUAAGGCUUAGCUCAUGGGUUCCCACAUCACCCGCUGCAUCCUCUUGCUCAUUCUCUGACCAUGGAAGUGAGGCGUCAAUGGGAGGUAUAACUGUGAAGAAGCCAGUGGUAGGGAGUAGGAGACUGGUUCUUCCAGCAAGAGCAAUAGAAUGUCUGCCCUCCCUAGAGGAGGUGAAGGAUAGUUCUCCAGUUUCGGUGCAUGAUCCUUGGUUAAGUGAUCAGAGUUCGCCUUCAACAAGCAGUUUGUUAAGUAAUGUAGUUCAAUGAUCUCAAAUCUGCUGCUCUUGGGUGUUUUGCUAAUAUGGUUGAGGUCUAUUAAAGUUUGUCAUGUUUCACUGCUUAUAGAAUCUCUUACGUACAUUCUGUAUUCUUAAAUCUAUGAACUCUUGAUACUGAUAAUGUUACAGGCAAAAGAUGUAGCAAUUACAGAUACAUAUUUAAGUAUAUAAAGUGAGAAUUUUAGCUGAUACUUGCCAUAAGCA